GUCAGACGAGAAGGACCUAAUGUUAUAGGUUCCCAGCGCCAGCGGUGUUGGGCAAGCUACUCAAAAACUGACCUGACAGACACAACUGAGCCGCUCUUUCUCCUUGCGCUUCUCUCCUCUCAUUUCUCUGUCCCAUCACUACCCUGCUGGAAUACUCAGAAAACAUCUUUUCAGCCUUUACAGUCACACCAUAUAUGGUCUUUCAAUGAUACUUCAUUCUUCAUUCUACUUCAACUGAAGGGUAUAAGGAGAUUUUCAGUGCAGUAUGUCUGACUGGAACAACCUUGCAUUUCUGCUCUUUGGGGCCAGGUUGAUCCCUGGGUGCACCCAUGCUUUGGUGGCCCCUGGUGCCACGUUGGCCCCGCCCGUUUCAGGAAGCAGUAACCCAGAGGGGGCGGGACCUAGUGGGCGACCUCCGACUCCCAUGCCAACGCGGCACACCAGAGUGGACGAACUCCGCGAGAAGUUCAUGAACGAGCUCAAUCACAUACCACUGCCGCGGUGGGCAGCGGUGGCUCUGGUUUUGGUGAUAUUCCUCCUGGUCCUCAGCUGCUGCCUCUGUGUGUGCCGCAAGACGCUCUUCAAGAAGAAGAAGGACAAGGAUAAGAAGGGCAAGGACAAGGGCAAGAACGACCUGGACCUCAGUGACAUGAAGGAUGAAGGCAGCACGCUGGCACUGAAACACGACUCGGAUACACUUGCGGAGGACGACGAGCCCAAGGAAGAGGAGAAAUUGGGCAAACUCCAGUUUUCACUGGAUUACAAUUUCACAGAUGCUUCGCUGGUGGUGGGUAUUCUGCAGGCCACUGACCUGGCAGCCAUGGACACGAGUGGCUUAUCUGACCCCUACGUCAAGCUCUACCUGCUGCCCGACAAGAAGAAGAAAUUCGAGACCAAGAUCCACAGGAAGACUCUCAACCCUACCUUCAACGAGAAUUUCACCUUCAAGGUGCCUUAUGCAGAGCUAGGAGGAAAGACGUUGGUGAUGACGAUGUACGACUUUGACCGGUUCUCCAAGCACGAUGCCAUUGGGGACAUCCGCAUCCCCAUGAACAAGGUGGACUUCAGCCAAAAGACAGAGGAGUGGAGGGACCUGCAGAAACCAGAGAAGGAAGAGCAAGAGAAGCUGGGUGACAUCUGCUUGUCCCUACGGUAUGUCCCCACUGCGGGGAAACUGACUGUAGUGAUUCUGGAGGCCAAAAACCUCAAGAAAAUGGACGUGGGUGGUCUGUCAGAUCCGUAUGUGAAGAUCCACCUGAUGCAGAACGGUAAGCGGAUGAAGAAGAAGAAGACUACGGUGAAGAAGAAUACAUUAAACCCUUACUAUAACGAGUCCUUCAGCUUUGAGGUACCCCUGGAACAGAUACAGAAAGUGCAGGUGGUGGUGACAGUGCUGGACUAUGACAAGAUUGGCAAGAACGACGCUAUUGGGAAGGUGUUUGUGGGCGUGAACAGCACCGGAACGGAGCAGCGGCAUUGGGCGGACAUGCUGGCCAAUCCGAGGAGGCCUAUCGCCCAGUGGCAUGCCCUGAAGCCAGAGGAUGAAAUGAAUUCUGAGCUCGCUAAGAAAUAAAGUGUGUACUACAGUAUGUUCAUCCGUAAUGCACUUUUGGGGGGUGUGUAUGUGUGUGUGAAAUGGAAGUGUGUGUAUCCAUCCAUUGGCCACCUGAA